GUUUAUCUCAGCGGCAGUCUGCAGUCAGCCCUUCUUCUCUUCCUCUCCGCUCUCUCAGCUUCAUCAGCGAUCAUCUACUUCUUCCGCAGAAUAAAAAUCCAAGACUGACAAAAUGGCCGGCAGAGGAACCGUGAAAGCCAGUGGAAACUUCAACGCCAGUGCAGAUGCUGAGGUCCUGUACAAGGCCAUGAAGGGGCUGGGGACCGAUGAGGAGGCCAUCUUGCAGCUGUUGGUGGCUCGCAGCAACGCCCAGAGGCAGCAGAUCAAGGCCGCCUACAAAACUCUGUUUGGAAAGGAUCUGGUAGAUGACCUGAAGGGAGAGCUUGGUGGCAAGUUUGAGACCCUCAUCGUGGGUCUGAUGACGGCCCCCCUCGCUUAUGAUGUGAUGUCGCUCCGCAACGCCAUCAAGGGUGCAGGAACCGAUGAGAAGGUCCUCGUGGAGAUCCUCGCCUCCAGAACACCUCAGCAGGUGAAGGAAAUCUCCGCUGCUUAUAGAAAAGAGUACGAUGACGACCUGGAGGAAGAUGUAUCUGGAGACACUUCAGGUCACUUCAAGAGACUUCUGGUUAUUCUGCUGCAGGCGAACAGGCAGAGGGGGAUCCAGGAGGGAAACGUUGAGACUGAUGCUCAGGUCCUCUUCAAAGCAGGAGAGCAGAAGUUCGGCACCGAUGAACAAACGUUUGUCACCAUCCUGGGAAACCGGAGCGCAGAACAUCUCAGGAGAGUAUUUGAUGCUUACAUGAAGUUGGCUGGAUACGAGAUGGAGGAGAGCAUCAAGAGGGAAACCUCCGGAGGCCUGAGAGACCUGCUUCUGGCCGUCGUGAAGUGUGCCAGGAGCGUUCCAGUGUAUUUUGCUGAGACUCUGUACUAUGCAAUGAAGGGAGCAGGAACUGAUGAUGACACCCUGAUCAGAGCGAUGGUGACUCGCAGUGAGGUGGACUUGAUGGACGUCAGAACUGAGUUCAGGAGGUUGUUCGCCUGCUCUCUGUUUUCCAUGAUCAAGGGAGAUACCGGUGGCGACUACAGAAAGGCCUUACUGUUGCUCUGUGGGGGAGAUGAUGCGUAAACGUGGCAACAAGCAAUAAAACAGGAACCACACCUGAAGUGCCUCUUCUUUAAGUCGGCUUUUUUGUGUGACAAACGGCCCAUCAGCUCUUUUUAAACUAUGACUCCAAAUAAUAUCUUUGAAAGGUAGCUAACAUUUAAUGCAGCUUUCGGCUGACUAACAUCUUCAUGUACUUGUAUUGUAUAAUUCACUUGUAAUGCGCAAGCAUGGGACUACAAUUGAUUUGAUUGCACUUUGUAUGGCAGAAACAAUAUAUGCAAUAAUAAACAUUUCAACUGAUGAAGUACAA